AUGGACAUUGAUUUCAAAGAAUACCAAUUACGCUGUGAACUCCACGGCCACGAAGACGACGUUCGCGGAAUAACUAUCUGCGGCGGCGAUAACGGCGGAAUAGCAACCUCAUCGCGUGACAAAACGAUUAGGUUAUGGACUCGAGAUAAUCGCAAAUUCGUCUUGGACAAGGUUCUGGUAGGUCACACAAGCUUUGUGGGACCUAUAGCAUGGAUUCCACCGAACCCUGAUUUGCCACACGGUGGUGUUGUUUCUGGUGGUAUGGAUACUCUUGUGUUGGUUUGGGACUUGAAUAGUGGUGAGAAGGUGCAGAGUCUUAAAGGUCAUCAAUUGCAGGUUACUGGUAUUGUGGUUGAUGAUGGUGAUCUUGUUUCGUCUUCUAUGGAUUGCACUUUGAGGAGGUGGAGAAAUGGGCAAUGCAUAGAGACCUGGGAGGCUCACAAGGGGCCGAUUCAAGCAGUUAUAAAGCUACCCACAGGAGAGCUUGUUACAGGUUCAAGUGACACUACUUUAAAGACUUGGAAGGGCAAAACAUGUUUACAUACUUUUCAAGGACAUGCAGAUACUGUUCGUGGCUUGGCUGUGAUGUCUGAUCUUGGAAUCCUAUCUGCAUCCCAUGAUGGUUCUCUGAGAUUAUGGGCAGUAAGUGGUGAAGGGUUAAUGGAGAUGGUUGGCCAUACUGCAAUUGUUUAUUCAGUUGAUUCACAUGCAUCAGGACUUAUUGUCAGCGGUAGCGAAGACCGUUUUGCAAAAAUAUGGAAAGAUGGAGUUUGUGUCCAGAGCAUAGAGCAUCCUGGUUGUGUUUGGGAUACAAAAUUUAUGGAAAAUGGGGAUAUUGUGACAGCAUGUUCCGAUGGAAUUGCACGCAUCUGGACUGUAAAUCAGGAUUAUUUUGCUGACCAGCUAGAGCUUGAUUUAUACACUUCGCAACUUUCUCAAUACAAGUCUAGUAGAAAGAGGGUUGGAGGAUUGAAAUUGGAGGAGUUACCAGGCUUGGAUACACUGAAGAUCCCAGGAACUUCUGAUGGCCAGACAAAAGUUGUCAGAGAGGGAGAUAACGGAGUUGCGUAUGCAUGGAACAUGGCAGAACAGAAAUGGGAUAAAAUUGGUGAAGUUGUUGAUGGACCGGAAGAAUCAAAUCGCCCUCUCUUCGAUGGUGUUCAGUAUGAUUAUGUGUUUGAUGUGGAUAUUGGAGAUGGUAUGCCUAUCAGGAAGUUGCCAUACAACCGAUCAGAUAAUGCAUAUGAUGCUGCUGAUAAAUGGCUACUUAAGGAGGGUCUUCCUCUUUCUUUUCGUGAGCAAGUCGUACAGUUCAUACUUCAAAAUUCUGGACAAAAAGAUAUUACUUUUGAUGCUUCAUUUCGUGAUCCGUACACCGGCUCCAAUGCUUACGUACCAGGUCAACCUUCUCGCACAUCUGAUAUCUCUGCGAAGCCUACUUUCAAGCAUAUUCCUAAGAAAGGGAUGCUUGUUUUUGAUACUGCUCAAUUUGAUGGGAUUCUUAAAAAGAUUGCCGAGUUCAAUAAUGCCUUAUUAUCCGACCAGGGAAAUCAGAAGUUGUCUUUGACUGAGUUGGAUGUUGCCAGACUGGAUGCCAUUGUUAAAACACUGAAAGAUACAUCAUAUUAUCAUUCCAGUAAAUUUGCAGAAUCUGAAAUAGCUUUGCUACUGAAUAUGCUAUCUUCAUGGCCAACCACAAUGAUAUUUCCUGUCAUUGAUAUUACAAGGAUGGUAGUUCUUCACCCAGACGGGGCUAUUGCACUUCAGAAGCAUGUUGAAUCUGAAAAAGACAUUUUAAUGGAAGUGAUUAAGAAAGUUACCAUUAACCCAACGAUUCCUGCAAAUCUGUUGACCAGUAUUCGUGCUGUCUCCAAUCUCUUUAAGAAUUCAUGCUUCUAUAACUGGUUGCAGAAACAUCGCAGUGAGAUUCUUGAUGCUUUCUCAAGUUGUAGUUCAUCUACAAACAAAAAUUUGCAGUUAUCCUACUCUACAUUGAUACUCAAUUAUGCAGUGCUAUUGAUUGAAUCUAAGGAUCAAGAAGGUCAAUCUCAUGUUCUAUCAGCAGCACUUGAGAUUGUCGAGGAUGAAAAUGUGGCACCUGAUUCCAAAUUUCGUGCUUUAGUUGCCGUUGGAUCACUGAUGCUUGAGGGUCUUGUGAAAAAAAUAGCACUGGACUUUGAUGUUUUGAGCAUUGCAAAAGCAGCAAAGGGUUCUAAGGACUCCAAGAUUGCUGAAGUUGGAUCUGACAUCGAGCUAGUAUCAAAGCAAAGCUGAAUCCAAUUACUUUUGGGUUAUUAAUCUCUUCUAUCAAAUUUCAAAAAAAUGAAGAAAAAGGAAUGUUCAUGCUUAUGUUACUGAGUACUGAUUACUGACCCAUAAUCAGACACGUGCACACAUGGUUCCCUUUCAUUAUUCAGUGGAUUUUAUAUCUUUGUAGGGAAAGGUGAAUGCAUCAAAUGCAGAGUUGGUUGGAGUCGGAAAUUUAUGCAUUGUACAGCAUUAUGAUCUUCAGAUUCUUAUACCAAAUUCUUUCUCCUCAUAUUGAUUUUUCUUUAGUAUUGGUAAAUUUAAUUUUAUAUGGAUAAUCGGUCAAAAUCAAUCUUGUGACAAAGUUUGUUUGAGGAACAAAGAGGGAACCAUCUCGUGGCAAUUUAUUCAAACAUUGAAUAAUCAAUAUUAACUGUUACUUUAUA